AUGUCUCCACCAGACCCAAGACUUGAGGCCAAUGUUACUUUCUUGAUGCCCAAGGAUCAUAUGCUUGCAAAAGUGGAGAUGCCUGAACGAUCUGUUUCAGAUUUCUUGCUUCAGCAUUCGAUCCCUUCACCUUUGCUGCUCGAAACCCUAGAGAAAUUCCCCACAGGAACCACUGUUCCCAGUUCAUUACCGAAGUAUAUGCUUAGAAUCACCAACAAUGGAAGGCGUAAUUUUGUUCUGAACAAUGCGAAGAUCAUUAGUCCCAAUAUUUGUGUUUCUGGAUCUUCCAUUCGAUGCCAUGGGAUUGAUGGGAUUUUGUCAGAAGUGGAUGUAUCAGCAAGAAACUCAUGUACUAAUAAUAACAGUACAGAGGCUUCUUCUUCAUGUAUGGCUUCUUUUCCUUCAUCUUCGUCUUCUCCUUCUCCUUUUGCAGAAAACCAGAGUCCUCCUACAUUCACAGCACCUAUUCCCAUUGAAGCGGACUCUGGGACACGAAAUUCAGGAUCUUUUGAUGGAUCUCUGAGUAACUUUUUCACCAUUUUGAUGUUGAUUUUCGUUGGCAUUAAUGUUUAA